AUAGUUUCUUCUUCAAUUUUAGUUGUCAUUAUGGGCUGCGUGGUUGAAAUCAUUGUCUGUUAUUUUACUUAUUCUGUUGUCUGCGAAUUUAAUCUUUAUGGCAUGUUAUUUUCUGUUAAUUACUUUAUAUUAGUUUAAUUGUUUUAGGAUAUUGCAUUUAUUUUAGGAUUUGUAGCUUUUAUUACAGGAUUUGUAGCUUUUAUUACACUUGUCUAGUUGUGAAGUCCUUGGAGGUUUCCAAGGCAAUUAGUAACCCAUUUUGCAGAGCUCUACCCUCUGUUUUGCAACAUCGUCUGGGGGCGCAAUUGAUUUCACAGACGUUCUUUCCAGCCAUCCCAUUGGAGGUCGACCGCUGAAAAUGAGAAGGGUCGUCUGGAAAAUCCCAUUUUCUUGUUUUUAGACAAAGCAAGUGGCAUGCCUAACAUCCAACUCACGUGGUAAAGGUCGGCUGAGGAUUUUUGAAGAAACAAUCCUUUGUUGGCAUGUCCGGUGGGACCAGUAAGGUGUAUCAGUUAAAGUUCACAAACCCUCUGUUUAUACAUCCAGAAGCGUCUGGAGUCAUGCCACCGAGAAAGAGCAGAGACAAAGAGGUUCAGCCAGCCCAGGUUGAACAUGCAGACAACAGCCCACUUCAUUCUGAGGGUGAAAAUGAUCCCAUCACUUUUCUCCCAGUGUCACCUCUGGCAGAACGGUCCUAUGGGAAUCCAGUGUUUAAGCAGAAAGAAGCAGACCGUGGAGGUGACUUUGCUGAAUCAAGUAAUAUGUUUAGAGGUAUGAUGGAACGUCUGGAUUUAGCAUUCAAAGAAAAGAACCAGGCUAUGCGGAGACUUGUUGAGAGUCAAGCAGAAUCCUUCAGACGUGAAGAAGAGUUAAUUAGACAAUGUAUAGAAGAGAUGAGACGAGUCUUUGAAAAAGGCACUAGGGUGAUGCGAGAAACUGGGGAAGAAAGUCACAGACCACUGGACUUUUUCCAGCCACAAGUUCCACCAGCCCAACCGGUACAGCGUGGUCUGCAAAAUCAACCAGCUCAAUUCUUCAAUAGAGACCAUGGGCCAACCUUGAGGCCAUUGGAAAAGAUUGAUAAGGAUAUCUUGAAAUUUCCAGAAAAAGCGAAAGAAACCAUGGGAGUGGAUGCAGAUCCUUUUCCAGCUGUGUCUGUGGGCGUGAAUGUUGCAGACCUCAGGAGUGUUUCUAGAAAUCGCAGUCUGCCUUAUGCUCAAAGGAACCUUGCUGCAGAAGACUUAAGGUGGGCUCUUGAGGCGCAGAGAUCCAGACAUAGCAGGAGCGUCAGGUCAGACCAGCAGAGGCUUGGGGGGCAAGAAAGGAUCACUGUGACCAGGAACUUCAGUCCAGAAGGUGCCAGACGUUAUUCAACUGGUACUAGAUCUCCAAGGAUGGUCAAACUGCCACUCAGGUUACCUUCCAAACGGUGGGAGAAAAUUAGUCAUCCCAAGUUUCCAGCCCAGAAUCCCAGAACCUUGAGGCGCAGACUGCAGCGCAAGAGGGCUGAAGAGUGGAAAAGACACCAGAAGCAGACUCUACAGAAGGAGGAUGACCAAUCUUCAGCUUCUCCAAAGGUGGCGUCUGUCAUUGUGAGUCCAGACGGAGUUUUGAAAGCAACUUUUGAAGCACCAGAACAGUCUGGGAAUCGUGGAUCUGAAUCAAAAGAAGAUGGCACUAUUCAUUUUGGGGAAUUCUCAGUGAAUUUGUCAUGUCUGGUGCUAACAUUACCCUUGGUUUUCCAAGCCAAGAAGGAGGAGGAACCAAUCGUCUGCGAGUUCCCAAAACAGACAGAAGAAGAGGUAAUCGUUGUUCCAGCUCAGGAUGAUGAAGAGGAGGACAUGGCUGACAAAAUUGUGUUUAAAAAACCAGAAGAAAAGAUGGCCAGACACAUUAGGCCACUUUAUAUCAAUGCUCACAUGGAUGGGACUCCAAUCAGCCGUGUCUUGGUGGAUAAUGGAGCUGUAGUCAAUGUCAUUCUAACUUGCAUGCUCUACAAAAUAGGCAAGUCUCUUGAUGAUUUAGUGCAUACUGAGGUUACAAUUAGUGAUUUUACAAGAGGGGUGAAUCAUUCAAGGGGUGUGCUGCCUGUUGAAUUCACAGUGGAAAAUAGGACACUGAUGUCUGCGUUUUUUGUGGUGGAUACUGUUGCUACUUAUAAUGCACUUUUGGGGCGUGACUGGAUUCAUUCAAGUUGGUGUGUCCCUUCUUCACUUCACCAGAAACUGAUUUUCUGGAAUGGUGGCAAGGCUGAGGUCGUGUCUGCAGAUGAUAAACCUUUUUCAGCCAAUACCCACCUGGUGGAGGCUAGAUAUUAUGAAGAAGACAUUGGUACCAUUCGGUUUUUUGGGAUGGAUAGACAUGGGAAACCGAUUGGGAUAACAGCAUGCAACAGACCGUCUUUGUCUAAGCGUGCUGUGGAGGAAGAAAGAGAAAAGGCUGCGUUGGAGAUAACAAAGAAAUUAGCGGCCUAUUUUGUUGAAAAAGCAGUUCAAGUAGACAGGUCUGAAAUUGUUCAUGAAGGUGAGGAGGCAGACCAAGGUGAUGAGGCAGACCAAGAAAUGUCAGGUCUGGAUCGAAAAUUGGUGGAACAUAAACUGCCAAUUGUAGAAGGAUUCAGACCAUAUAAACAGCCGCCCAGACGCAUGUCUGCAGAGGUCACUUUGAAGGUGAAAGAAGAAAUUGAGUGGCUGGUAAAAGCUGGAUUCAUUCGGACAUGCAGAGUCUGUGUUGAUUUCCGAGACUUGAAUUUAGCUACACCAAAGGAUGAGUAUCCUAUGCCAAUUACAGACUUGUUAGUUGAUGGAGUAGCCCGUCACAAAAUUCUAUCUUUCAUGGAUGGUCAUAGUGGGUACAACCAAAUUUUUAUUGUAAACGCAGACGUUCCUAAGACAGUCUUUCGAUGCCCAGGUGCUGUUGGAACUUUUGAAUGGGUUGUGAUGCCAUUUGGUCUGAAGAAUGCUGGAGCUACCUAUCAAAGAGCCAUGAAUGCAAUUUUUCAUGAUAUGAUUGGUAAAUUCAUGGAAAUUUAUAUUGAUGAUGUUGUGGUGAAAUCAAAUGGGGAAGCAGACCACCUGGUUUAUUUGAGGAAGUCUUUUGAGCGGAUGAGGCAACAUGGCUUGAAAAUGAACCCACUUAAGUGUGCCUUUGGAGUGUCUGCGAGUAAUUUCCUUGGGUACUUGGUGCAUGAGCGUGGUCUAGAGGUUGACAAGAACAAAACCAGGGCUGUGAUUGAGGCGAAACCACCACUGAACAAGAAGGAGUUGCAAAGAUUUCUUGGCCAAGUUAAUUUCUUAAGACAUUUCAUUUCUAACUUGGCUAGGAAAACCAGAGUCUUUUCUCCUUUGUUGAAACUCAAGUCUGAGGCGGAUUUUAAGUGGGAAGAACACCACCAGUCUGCCUUCGAUAUGAUAAAGUGGUACUUAUCCAGACCACCAGUACUUGUACCGCCUGUGAAAAAUAAGCCUUUAAUUUUGUAUAUAUCCGCCGCAGAUGAGUCCAUAGGAUGUCUGCUGGCGCAGGAAAAUGAUAAAAAACAGGAGCAGGCUGUGUAUUACUUGAGUCGAUGUUUGACCCAGACCGAAAGGGCUGUUAAAGGGCAGGCACUGGCAGACUUUCUUACAGAUCAUCCAUGUCUAGACGUGGAGGCAGAUGAAGAAAAAGGGAUUAACUUGUUUUCAAUAAGUUUAGUUCCCUGGAAACUUAUUUUUGAUGGAUCCAGUACAGAAACCAUGUCUGGAGCUGGAGUCGUGAUGUUGGUGGAGCUUAAAGUAUCCAUGGUUGAGGUUAUAAGGGACUCACAGUUAGUUUUGAAGCAAUUGUCUGGUGAGUACAAAUGUACUAGCCUUUCUUUAGCCCCUUAUUUUGCCUUGGCUGUGCAAUUGCUGGAAGAAUUUGAUGACGUGUCCAUCAGACAUGUUCCCAGAGACCAGAACUAUGAAGCUAAUGAAAUGGCCCAGAUUGCUUCAGGUCUACGAAUUCCUGAAGGUGUAAUGCAGAAAGUUGUAAUAGUUGAAAAAUGCAGUCUGCCAUCAAUUCAUCAACGUGGCAUGACUGUCUCCACUUGCAGCAUUGAUGUUACUCAAACGGACUGGCACUUUCCAAUUAUUCAGUACCUUAAGGAUCAAAGCAUUAAGGUAUCUAGGAAAACCAAAAUGCAAGCUCUCAAUUAUGCCUUGAUUGAGGAUGUGCUUUAUAGGAGAGGCCAUGAUGAACUAUUACUAUGUUGUCUGGGCCCAGAUGAAAGUUUCCAGAUGCUGUCUGAUGUCCAUGAUGGAUUUUUGGUGCACACCAGGCUGGAAUCAAGAUGCGCUGGUUAAUUCGCAGACAUGGUUUCUUCUGGCCAUCUGUUCUGAAAGACUGUAUUGCUUAUGCUAAGGGCUGCAAAUCUUGUCAGAUCCAUGGGCCACUUCAAAGAGUUCCAGCCUCGAAACUUAACUCUAUU